GUCGUCGCAGAAUGCUCGACGUCGUUCUCAUAGAAGGAGGAAAGAGAAAAGCACAUGCCUUUUGACUGCAACGAAAGCUAACAUGUAUUCACCACGGCCUAAACAUCAUUCGGAAUACCAUCGUUUUAGUAAUUCUUAGCGACGUCGGGAUACGAAAUCUAAAUAUAAAGCGCCGUGGCGACUCGACAAACAUCUAUGUAUUAAUAGCAUUUUGAGCGUGAAUCUCGGCUAGUUUUGUGUUUCUCUUUCGUUCGGUCAAUGACGAUUACAGUUGUUCGAAAUUUUCAAAUUCUGAGGUUUGUGAGUAACGAUUUGCUGAUCGUCGUUGCACCAAGUGAAAGAGAAGACCCGAUUUAGUUGACUGUUUUUAUUAGUGAUUGUGCGUUAGAGUGGACUGCAAAAUUUCAGCCUCUAAUGAUGGAAAAACUCUCGCAAUCGGCCGCUAUUCGGUGACGGUGACGUAAUUGUGAGGAAUGUUCAUCCCUGACACGCUGCGCAGCUGCAUGGUGGAACCUGAUGUAUCCUCAUAUCUGCAGACCCCGUCCACGGGACAGGACGAAUUCCAUCCCUUUAUUGAGGCACUUUUGCCUUUUGUUAAAUCCUUUUCCUACACAUGGUUCAACCUGCAAGCUGCAAAGAGAAAAUAUUACAAAAAACAUGAAAAACGAAUGUCCUUGGAGGAGGAAAGACAAUGCAAGGAGGCUUUACAAAACGAGAAGGCGGAAGUCAAGCAAAAAUGGGCGUCUCGUUUGUUGGGAAAGCUGCGCAAAGAUAUUACUCAAGAAUGUCGUGAAGACUUCGUCUUAAGUAUAACUGGCAAGCGAUCCGCUGUUUGCGUCCUCUCGAACCCUGACCAAAAGGGCAAAAUGCGCCGAAUAGACUGCCUUCGUCAGGCUGAUAAAGUUUGGCGACUUGAUCUCGUUAUGGUGAUAUUAUUUAAAGCAAUUCCUUUAGAAAGUACAGAUGGUGAAAGGUUAGAAAAAAAUCCAGACUGUUCUCAACCUGGACUUUGUGUUAACCCAUAUCAUAUUAAUGUAUCUGUUAGAGAACUGGACCUCUACUUAGCGAAUUUCAUCAACAGUCAUGAAAUACUAAGUGGGGUGUGUUAUAAUAACAACCAUCAUAACAAUAAUAACAAAAAAGAAGAUGAUCGGAAAUCCAAAGGCUAUACGCAUAAUCCAUACAAUGGCGUGGUGUGUAACGACAUUAUCUUAGCCACAGGCGUAUUUUCAUCCAAAGAGUUAUGGAAACUGUCAAAAUCUUCAAUCUUGCACGAACUCUCCGAAGGCCAUCCGAAUAUGAACAGCGUCAAGCUGGAACACCCAACCUUUUACUGCAAUAGCUAUCCUGAACCUGGAUCAGUUGUUGUAGAUCGGUCAUCUUCCGUUGAUUCCAUGGUGGUCUCAGCAACAUACUCAAUGCCUCAAAAUACUACGUUAGUUUCUUCCAGUUCUCAAGCAAGUCCAAGUACCUUGUUUUACCAACACAGUCCCGAAUCACACCCUCAUCAAAACCAAGUUAAAUAUCCAGAAAAUGGGCACGACACUUUGUCCGAUUUUGUUACAUUUGUAUGCCAAGAAACAGAUAAUAACCAAAACUCACAGAUGCAGUCAAGUCUAUCUCGAAGUCCUAAACCCCAGUAUUUUCCAUCCACAAUGCUACCGCCCCCUCCGCUACCUCCAAUGGCUAGACCAGUGGCCAUCAUCCGAUCAACGUGUGAUGUCAACAUGAGCGGAACCAACUCUCCACCAGCCAGCAUAACGCCGCCCUGUAGUGAGGCUUCGCCAGCGGACGAGGUACCAGAAAUAAACUCUUCACCACCGCUUAGCCCUGGGAGCCAUGACAUGCGGAAAUCACCAUCACAAAGAAAUUCAGUCCCGACCAGUAGUCCAUAUUCUCCUAGUCGGGAAUACUCUUUCAAUCAUUUCCAUGGGCAGCCGGGACAUCUAUUCAGUUAUCCCAAUAUAACGGGAAUGUCUGGAGUAAUCAGCCCUACGAACCUCAGUAUGUAUUCUCCUACAGUGAGUACGGCGAGAGGUACGCCCCGGUCUAGCAAUAUAACACGAUGGAAUAAUCCACUAUUUACUUUGGACCAAGAAGAUUUUAGUAUAAUCAGCCAUACAUCUAGUGCCGAACCAGGAGCCAUCAUCCUAAUGGAUGAAGCUUCAGCGUCUACUGCACCAUCUGCAACUGAUCAUACAGGACAAUGUUGUAAUAGUGCAAAUAUGAUAUGUGAUGCUGAUCGGUUUUUUCAAGGUGGAGAUACCCUGGAGACUUCCGACUCCCGAGAGAAUGAUAGAAAUUUAAUAGUACCAAAGUCUCCAUAACUAGAAAAGACAAUAAAAAUAUUGCCUUAUGAUUGUUAACUUGCUUUUUGCGUGAUUUCGUGUGUAUAGAGGCCAAUUUUUAAAAAGAGAAUUAACUGAGAGACACUCUUUUGUUAUGGUUUAUAUGACUAACUCUUUAAUGUUUUCCUUUAGAAUUUUACAUAAUACGUUUUACCAAAGGAUGCAAAAUAUUUUCGAAAAUAUAUCUAUUCUUUUUCCUUUUUAAGAUGUUUCCUACUUAUAGUUUUGCAAACCAGGUCAAACGCUAAACUAUAAAAAAAGAAAAUAAAUUUUCUAUACUACAUUCAAAACCAAGAAAAGCUCGAAGUGCCAUCCAUCGGUGGGUGUGACCUCAAGCUUAUCUUGGUUUUGAAUGCAGUAUAGUCUUAGUUUCUUCAUAUAAUUUAUUUCGAGUUUACUUAUAGUCUAAGAGCUAGAGGCGAGAAAUCAUCGUCAUAAGU